AUGAAAUUUGGAAGAAAUUUUGCUUGGCAUCAGGUACCCAAGUGGGCGGGCUUCUACGUCAAUUAUGACGAAUGGAAAGUUCUUGCCAAAGCAGAGAAAUUCGCAGGGCUCAGGAGAGCGAUAACAUGCGAUACUCGGAUGAUUGAGACCUUUCUCCAGGACAAGUUUCAAGCCGUAGUGCAGCAAUUGUCCAUCCUGGAAGAUGAAUACAACCUCACACUAGAUUCAUGGGACACCGUGGCUCUUCAAUCCAUACCAACAUAUGAGAAGAAUGAUAUAACAGCUUCUCUAACAGAGGUUGCCUCGUUGGUCAUACUUUUGAGUCGCUACGUCAGUGCAACACAAGUGGCUGCAGAACGAAUUAGCAGCAAAACAGCAGAAACACUCGAUGAGGUAGACCAUCUGAGAACCAUCUUGCAAAAGGCAACUGCUCAAUGGGUGCAGAAUCUACAGAGAAUCAAUAGUUUACUGCGGAUUCUCCAUUUGAAGAAACCCUCUGAUGAACGCGAUACCUCCUCCUUACUGUUGGCGAACCUCCAGGCCGGUCAAAACCCACAGGUCUUGGAGAAAGCAGCAAGGGCAUUGCAGCAAGACUCCCCCGAACAAUUGAAGGAGUUCUUGCAAGAUGAAUCAAUCAAAGAAAGCAAUUCUAGCAAUCAGAAAAUCAUUCUUAUCCUAACAAAAAUCGGCAUUCUCUGCUCAGCUUCAAAAUGCCUCCCACUUCUAGUAUCCCACUUGAGCAUUGACCAUGGUCUUGGUAACUACGGCUCCCAGAAUCCGAUACACCUUCAGAUACUUCAAGCUGCAUGGCUGAAAGAUGCAGACCUCGCGCAUCAGGGUGUUCGAUUGAUUCUUGAGACUCUGCCACCACUCCAUUGGCCAGACUUGUUACUAUGCCCAGACUCACUGGGUCGUGUUGCACUGCAUUAUGCAGCUUGUUAUGGUCUGACUGCUACCUGCAACGAGAUACUCGAGCAUGUAUCCUCACUCGACGUCCCAGAAGCAACGGAUAGUCCCCCAGUAUUUCUCUUGAGUGAUAAUCUGGGAGAAACACCACUUUCAAUGGCCAUUACACAAGGACACGAUCAAGUUGUCAAAUGCUUCCUAAAUUGGACACAUCAAUCUGGUGGACAGGUGUCACCACCGGGUGCAAACAAGCUCGAGGGAGUAUUCUAUGAUAUGAUUUUACUCGCUAUACGCUCCCAGCGUCCUCACAUCACCGAAUUCCUCAUGGACCACAAUCCCCAACUUCUUACAACAUGCUCAACGAUAUCAGAGCUGCUAUGCUUGGCGUCCCAAUUUGGCCAAGCAUCCAUCGUUGGACGGCUCUUGGCCCAUUCCAAUAACAUCAACAUUGGACAGCGACUACGAGGCAGAACACCACUAAUGAUAGCCUCAAUCUAUGAGCAUGGAGAUGUGGUAGAGCUCUUGAUACAGCACCCAAGCUGUGACAUCUCUGUUCGCGAUCACGAUGGCUGGACAGCCGUAGCCCAUGCUGCUUUCAAAGGUCCGCCCGCAUUGGUAGACGUGCUCCAAAGUCAAAGUGCAGGCUUGAGUGCCCAUUUGGGACCAACGAACCAUCAAGAAAGCAUCAAACUACCCGCACACAGCCCAAAAAGACAGAAUCAAGCCUCCAAGAAUGUGGCGCUUGGUCGGCAUCAGCAAGAUUGCAGUCAUAUUUUCGUCAACCUUGGUCACUUCGACAUGGAAAAGGAGUCGAUGGUUCUGCAGAUCGAGCCCUUUCGCCGACUUAUCUCCCCCAUGCAAAUCCCCGAAAGCAGUCUGACCCUCGAGAUAUCCGCCAUUGACAGCAGCACCGCCGAGAAAUAUCAUUUCCCAUUUCCGAUUUUCCAAGAUCUUUCAAAUGACCCCAUGCAUUUCAUGGCGAAGGAUCCCAACGCCGUGAAAUUUAUGUUUAGAGUCUACUGUUCCGUGGUGGGACACAACACCCACGAGCAAAGGGGUCAACUCAUUGGUUCAGCGUCAGUGUCCCUUGGCGAUGCUCGCAAGGCAUUAGGGCCAUCUCUGGAAAGUCUGGAGAGGGACCAUACCGUUUCUUUGAUCUCACCAGACGCUUUCGGCAAUGAAUACAUUGGGACAUUGACCUUUACGUUUGUGAUAGCAGAAGCAUUCGUAUUCAAAGGCUCACCCCCAAAACCUACAGAGAUGAUACUUAAACAGGACGACUCGCCACUCGUUGCAGGCCAUCGCGGUCUGGGCCAGAACUCUUCGAACCAGGCUCGUCUGCAGUUGGGAGAAAACACCAUGGAUUCGUUUUUUGCAGCUCUAAAUGCAGGAGCAGAUAUUCUCGAGCCCAGUGGUUUCUUACAAAAAGUAGAUGUGCAAGUAACAAGAGACUUGAUCCCGGUGAUUUAUCAUGACUUUCUAGUUAGCGAGACUGGAACAGAUGCUCCAAUGCACAAUAUCACCUAUGAACAGUUGAUGGUAGCAAGUACAAUGCAAGACAGUACGGCCAGGCCUCCAGGAACAGCAUCCUCAUUGCUACAGAGAGCCGAAGUCAAUGCAAUGCAAAGACCUCGUGCAUAUUCCGCGGGCAAGGCGCGCCCAGAUAAUAUUGACAUAGUAGCGAGACUGAUGUCCACUUUCAACUUUCAGAACUUUGGCUUCAAGGGGAAUAUAGGCGGUGAAUGCAUUCAUGGGCCGUUUAUGAAACUUGAGCAACUACUUGUGGAGAUGGAUUCAUCAAUUUGUUUUAAUAUUGAACUCAAAUAUCCAAUGCUUUUCGAGGCUCGAGACUUUGACAUGGACACACUGGCCAUGGAGCUGAAUCUUUACCUCGACACGAUACUUGAUAUUGUUUUCAAGCAUGGCAAGAAUAGGCCAAUCUUCUUCUCCUCUUUUAGUCCGGAGCUCUGCUUUGUGUUGUCAACCAAACAGAAGCUAUACCCAAUCUUGUUUCUUACCGAAUCAGGGUACAUCCCAACGCGAGAUAUACGAGCGAUAUCAUUUCAAGAGGCUGUGCGAUUCGCCAAAAAGUGGAAUCUAGAGGGUGUCGCGAUACGCUCGCAGCCCUUUCUAGCGGCUCCGGAGCUGAUUGGUUUGGUAAAGAGCUCGGGUUUGAUCUGCGCUUCCUGGGGGGAUCUCAACGAUGAGCCAGACUGUGCAAAGUCUGGCUCAGUCUCGGAACAAAGUAACCUGCUUCAAGCAUGUAUAGAAGACGGCUUCUUCUACUUGGACUUUACUCAGUCUAGCCACUCUAAAGUCUUGGACGAGGUGGAAUCUGUUUUCAACUUGUCCAAAGACCUCUUCGACUAUCCCCUCGACAUCAAGACCCUGUUUGAUGUUGACCGGAUCUCGGACCUAAAGGUCAACGGUUACAAGCCCAAAGGCCGAAACAUUGUAAACAAGAGCGGAAAAAGUGAUGGGUUCGAGAGCUGGGUACUCCCACGCAACGGGCUUCUACAACUUUCAGAAGACCCGUUCCCAUACCCUCCGGUUAUCGCAAAGAGUAUUGGGCAUCUUCGUAGUCUGAUCAAAGGUAUCAACUCUGCCGCACAUGUGAUCCUGAGCUCCUUAUCAAGCUCUCUCUCACUACCCGAGGGCCAGCGGCUCGAAGAUUUCCAGGGCCUGUCGCGCCCUUCUCCGGAUAUCCUGCGCCUGCUCAGGUACCACGCCGACCCGGACGCCAGCUGCGUACCGCAGACACCGCACACGGAUCUCGGCAGCUUGACUUUUGUCUUUUCCACCACGCCCGGCCUGCAGGUCCUGCCGGCGGGCGUCGCGAAUCGCGACGGCGACGACGAUGCCACGGGACCGUCGCCGUGGCGGUACGUGGCGCCGCGCCCCGGCCACGCCGUCGUCAAUAUCGGCGACUGCCUGUCCAUCAUGACCAAUGGCCUGCUCAAGACGGCCCUGCACCGGGUUGGCCCCGUCCACGGGCAUCCCAUGCCCGAGCGCUACAGCCUGGCGUAUCUCAUGCGGCCCGAGGACGACACGGUGCUGCGGGUCUUGGAUAGUCCGCACAUUCCGCGGCCUGAGACCAGUCGCGCAGAUGACGAGGUCACGAGCGGUGAGUGGAUCAGGAGGAAGUUCAAGGCUCUCAGGGGCCAGCAGAAUGGUGGAAAUAUUGAUCGGGUCCUGACGGGAGGCAGGGGAGUGCUGAUCUGA